CAGCACUUUAUACAAAAUGUGCUUAGCUUUUACACCCAAAAUAAAAUUACAAAAAGACGCAUUCAAUUCUGAAUUAAAGAUUGGUUUUGACUACCAAACAUAUAUUAUACCGUCGGCAUUUUAUAUGCCACAGAUAAGGAUCAAACAUUUAUGAAAUGUCAUGUUUUAUUGUCAUUUAUCUAGAGUAUUACGUACAUGAUAAUUAUUAUUGCAUCAUUGCUAUAUACACAAAUCAUUGUACUGAAUGUAAAAAAGUCCCUUUUAAAUACUAUCGAAAAGGAUAACAUUUUAAACAACUUCAAAAGAGAUUAAGACUUGGUUAACUUUAAAAAUUUAGUAGAAAAUAAUUAAAUUGAGAAUAAAAAUGAGCCACAACUAGAAAUUAAUAACCAUUCUACAAAAAAGAGGUCUAUUUUUCGUCUCUUGUACAAGUGCUCACAUCUAAUAACAUCCAUUAAUCGCUCCACGUCGGAACACUUUUCAGUUCAUUCAACAGAUGGCUUAUAUCUGGAACUUAUACCUAUUAGUAAUUAGACAAAAACAUAACGACAUAGCCUAGUUACAAGGCUACACAACGCCCGGUAUAACAAAUUUUGAAAAAAAAUGAAGAGAGGAAGUAACAGACUGGUUAAUGCUUAUAACAUAAACGAAAAACAAGUAAGCCAAAAAGUAGCCAACAUCAACUAUUGCACUAUGUACAUGUAUAUAUCAUGCGAUAUGGUUUAACAUAUUUGUUAGCGACCAACCCUCUUCUAACCUUGGAUAGUGCGUGAUAUAAAUGUAUGACAAUAGAACAAACUGUUAAACACAUUUAUAAGGGUUUUAUCAAUUAUAUCGGCACUUAUCAAAAUGUAACCUACAAAAUUGAAGAAGUACAUGUGCCAAUUGAAGAGUAAUCGCAGUUAAUGGAAUCUAGUUCAAAUAUGCCAUGUUUUACCAGUCUGAGACUGAAAUGUCAAUCUACAAUACCCAUAGGUAGCAACUUCAUUAUGCCAUUGUGGACUGGUGCACUUAAUAUGUCAAAACUCAUCAAAUAUACCAGGUUUAUUGUGCAUUUCGAUUACAUAAGACUCAUCAGUGGUGCUCGAAUUAAAACAGUUGGUAGGCCAUAUCAAAUACGAAGUUGCAGAGCUUUAAGUACCGAAAAUUUCGAAUUUUUGCAAGAUUUAUUUUUUACAUUAAAUGUUAAAACUUUCUUGUUUAAAUAAUUUGAGAUGAAAAAAAAUAUAUAAAACUGUAAGUUAUUUUAUACUGGCAUGUGCAACACGACGGGUGCCACAGGCCAAGUUCGAAUGGAACUCUAGAGUAGAUAGUAUUGACAUAGUCAUAUAUAACAGGUGAUUGGAUAUAUCCUCCCCGCCAUUAGAACUCGAUGAGGCCGAGUUCACUUGAACCUCUCGAGUUAACAUUGCUUACUCGGGUUUCAACAAUCCGAGUUUACUUGAACCUUUCGAGUUAACCCUCUUACCCCGUUUCCAACUCUCACUGAGCCAGGGUUAAACUCGAGUAACCCUUGAAUGACGUCAAACCAAUCAGAUUUUUUCGUUUUUUUAUGCUUGGUCAGGGCCUUACCUUAGUGUUACUUAGAGAUUUUCCGAAUAGCAACUCGAGUGAGUUCACGUGAAACUCUUGAAACUCUGAAGUCGACUCUAGAAUUUCAAGUGAACUCGGCCCUUGGUGUGGGCAGUGUUCCUCGAAGUCGUCUCGAUAUCCUGGAUGUUACGACGUCAAUCAAAUCAAAUUUGAAUGUCAACAUAUCCUGAGUAGGGGCCUUAUACUUCCUGUAAUCUAGAGACCUUACUUUAAAAAAAUAUUUACCGUUCAUGUGGAACUCUAGUCAGAACAAGGAUUCCAUUUGAACUUGGCCACAGGUGGAGCAGGAACUGCUGGACCUUCUGGAGCACUUGAGUUCAUCCCGAUGUGUUGCGGAGUCUUUUUUAAGUAGUUUUCUAUUUAGGGUUUUGUAGAUUAAAAGUCUAUUUCGUCUUUACGUCGCUUUUCGUAUUUUGCCAUUGCAUUUUGUCAGUUUGUUUCUCCGACUUAGGACUUUUGAAUGUCCCUUGGUAUCUUCCGCCUCUUUUUAAGCUUAAAAAAUACAUUUCAAAAAAUUAUCAGACCAGAUCAAAUAGACUGCAAUGUGUCAUAUCUACAUCAGAAGAAUUUAAAGCCAAUGUUUAUGAUAUAGAAGCAAGCCAAAUAACAUUCAGCAAGUACAAAGCAUGCGCAAAAGAUUUAGUUAAAACAUAUUUACUUUCAGUCCUAUGUUUUAGGUCAGGAAAAAAAAACAAAACAAAUCAUUCAAUAUUCCAAUAGGAUGUUGGCAUGUUCAAUGAAACCAAUAGCCUUUUAGAUGUCAUUUGAUAUACUUUUAAAGAUAUCUCCUUAAUUACAUAUUGUAAAUUGUAUACUUGUACCUGAAAGAUAUAAGAGAAUAGAGAAAAGCGCAGGUUUGAUUUUUAUACACUCACUUUUGUUAUAAUAAUAAAAAUACAUGACAUAUGUGACCAAUGUUUUACAUUCAGCUUUAAAAGAGGUAAUAUGGGGUACAUACAUAGAAAAUUGGUUAUAACCGAUAUUUGGGCAUCCUCGACUUCUACACUUGUAUGUGAUUAUGGCAAUUAGAAAAUAGUCCAAAUGUAUUGUAGCAGUAUUUCAGAUCAACACUUACCAAUGCAACUGUGCAUUUGUUGCAUAUUUCAGCAUUAAUACGUAAAGAACGCUUUUCAACAUUAGAUUUUUUUUAUUUCAUGCAAAUUCCAAUCAGAAAUAAUUUUUAAAGACCUUGUUUACCUUUUACCUUGUAACCAUGGACAAUGGUGUAACAGCACAAUGGAAAAUCAUUCCCUAUGAUGCCAUGGAACUAUCGACGACUAACUACAACAAUACUGAUUCAAUACCUCCUACUUUUAUGAAAGCAACUUAACUACCAAAUAACACUAAGAACAUACAACGCACUAAGAAUUAAAUCUUCUUUAUUCACGAUGAGGCUGUUUAUAUAUUACACAGCUUAAAUCCUGAUUUUCUGUGACCUAACACUUGUACAGGAAAUUCGAGAUGCCAGCGACACAGCUUUCAAUGAGUUGAAAACCAAGGCAAAUGAACAAAUGAGUCUAUUAAAUGAACAACUAGAUGAACCGUGUAUGUUGGAAUCUGUCAUCAGUGAAAAACUUGGAAGAUCUUCAUCAAAAGAACAAUAUGGAUUUCUUUAUUGGGAUUGCACACAGCUCAGGGUUACGGAUACCUAUCAAUAUGACGACCCAUUUGAUGUUUUUGAGAGGCCUCCAUUUGUUGUGCGCUUCGAAUCGCCUUCAACAGAUGUCUCUGAUUUUGCUAUUCUUGCUCUCCAUUCCAAACCGAGCAAAGCACCAGAAGAAAUAGAUAACAUCACAAGAGUAUAUGACAUUGUCAAGUCACAAUGGAAUUUGGAGGUAAAGAUUGAUAACAUAACAAGAGUAUAUGACAUUGUCAGGUCACAAUGGAAUUUGGAGGACGUUAUUAUAGCAGGUGAUUUGAAUUCUGACUGUGACUAUCUACCAGACCGUGAUCACGACAAAGUAUCUCUAUAUAAUGACCCGAGGUUUACAUGGCUGAUAGGAGAUGAUGUUGAUACAACCACUGGCAACAGCGAAUGUAGUUACGAUAGGUUUGUUGUGGCAGGUGCUAACUUAAAAAACGCAGUGGUUCCCAACAGUGCUAGAGUUUUUAAAUUUGAUGAUUAUUUCAAUCUCACACCAGAACAGACUGGCGAUGUCAGCGACCAUUACCCUAUUGAAAUGCAACUAGCAGGAAAAGCAAAUAUGGAAGUUCUGUCGAAGGUUAAAGACGCAAAGACUGUGGAAUCAAUGUCUAAAGAGCCCGUCGAUGAUAUUAGAACAAUACGUGAAUUGUACAAAUCUGACAUAUACGAUUCAAGUCAUUCGAGAUUAUAUAAUGUCCUGGUACUGAAGGAGGGUUACAGUCAAUACUUGAUAGAAGUAGAGUUAGACCAUAUUGAAAAAGACCAACUUAAAUCGGAAAUUGCUAAUUUCCAAAACAUGUUCCCCAAAAUACUUACAUCUGAAAUGGAGGCUGUUAUUGUUGCUUUGAUUGAUUCUGAAUCAUUCAAAUUAGAUUAUGUUUACGGUAUCAAUGAUAAUAAGCAAACAGCAUAUUAUAAGUUCAAGAUAUCGUGUUUUGUAAAAACACUAAAAUGUACCGCAAGUGUUGAAAAAGAAACAAUCUAAAGAAUUAUCACUUUUUUCUCGUCAUCUUUGUGCCAGUGUGUGCAAAAUAAACUUGGCUUGUCUCUAAAAUAGUUUUGGAAGUUGUAGACAUUUUAAAGAUCUUCAACAGAGAAUCAAUGACUUAUGCCUUCAUGUAAACAAUCAUUCGAGUUACUGAAAGUUUUAUUUUUGAUAUAUUCAACUGACAUUUACAUCUAUAACUAAUAAAUGCACAUAAAAAUUGG